CUUUUUUUUUUUUUCAGCGUUCCCUCCUUCGAGCUCUUGCACAUCCUGGUGCUCCGCUCCAUCAAAGCUUAGAGGAUGGUCAUGGCUUCUCAAGAGUAGCUCUAACCUUCGACUCCCAACUCCCAAGUCUCUCCCGCCCGUCAAAUUCCCACAAAAUUCGAUAUUCAUUUCCGCCAUUUUUAGUGUCGAGAGCCCCAGCGAAAUUGAUCUCUGCUAUUUUAUUUUUGGGUUGCGUAAUUACUAUAGGUCGUUGGAUCUGGGAUCUGGGAAAUCAGUCGAGUCUAUUGCUAGCAUGAAUGGUGCAAGGGCUCCCAAAUACGUAUGACAUAUGCCUGCUACUUGGCUUAGUGAGUCUCUAUUUCGAUAUAUUGGAAGGCUAGGGCCUUGCAAGUCAUUGAACUCUCGUUUCAAUUGGAAGUCCCCGUCGAAGCAUUUGUUUACAAAAAUCUGCAUGGACAAUAAUCAGUGCAUUAGUUCGAAGUGGGAUCCAAGAGGAGCUUUAAUCGUCUUUGAAGGUCUGGACAGAUGUGGAAAGACGUCGCAAUGUAGCAGACUUCUUUCAUCCUUGGAGAGACUGGGACAUUCAGUUGAAUCUUGGAGAUUUCCUGAUAGAGAUACCGGUGUUGGCCAGAUGAUUUCAUCUUAUCUUUCCAACCAAUCACAGUUGGAUGAUCAUGCCAUUCAUUUACUCUUCAGUGCAAAUCGGUGGGAGAAAAGAUCAUUAAUGGAAGCUAAGCUGAAGAGCGGAACCACUCUCAUCGUUGACCGGUAUGCCUAUUCUGGGGUAGCUUUCUCUUCUGCCAAGGGACUUGAUAUUGAAUGGUGCAAGGCUCCAGAGUUGGGGUUGUGGGCUCCAGAUUUGGUGGUUUACCUUGACAUAUCACCAGAGAAAGCUGCUGAAAGAGGAGGUUACGGAGGGGAGAGAUAUGAGCAGCUUGAAUUUCAAAGGAAAGUUGCACAAUCUUACCGGGCACUUUCUGAUGCAUCUUGGAAGGUUAUUGAUGCCACCCUGCCUAUCGGAGUUAUUGAGGCACAGCUAAGAGAAAUGGCGGUCGAUUGCAUCAGUACAUGCCAAGAAGGCAAAUCUCUCUCGGAGCUCUGGUCUUCUUAAUUGCACGUGUUCAUGUCCUCUGGUUGUUUGGAACGGUAAAAUUUGUGGGUCAAAGUGUGAAAAGAUUGUUGGAAUCCACCUUUUUAUUUCACGUAAUAUUGUUCAUGCC